GCGGCCAGCGCGGGGAGCGCUCCCGGCGCGGCUGCGGGAGCGGCAGGCUCCUGCUCCAGCGGGAGAGCAGCCCUGGAGCCGCAGGAACAAGAUGCCCGUGAGGUUUAAUCUCGCUUAAGAGAUUAAAAAAAAAAAAAAAACCACGGAGAGAAAACAAAAACCCGCAUGGAUCCUCUGUACUUUCCCAGCACGUUCAGCAUGGAAGCCGCUCCCGGCGAGGUGAACUCCUCCCUGCUGCCCAACGCGACGGAGAACGGGACGCUCCCGGAGCCGCCCCCGUUCCAGUACAUCCACAAGGUGCUCAUCCCCGUCUGCUACCUGCUGGUGUGCGCCGUGGGGCUGAGCGGCAACGCCCUGGUCAUCUACGUGGUGCUGCGCCACGCCAAGAUGAAAACGGUCACCAACAUCUACAUCCUCAACCUGGCCGUGGCCGACGUGCUCUUCAUGCUGGGCCUGCCCUUCCUGGCCACCCAAAACGCCAUCUCCUACUGGCCCUUCGGCUCCUUCCUCUGCCGCCUGGUGAUGACCGUGGACGGCAUCAACCAGUUCACCAGCAUCUUCUGCCUGACGGUGAUGAGCAUGGACCGCUACCUGGCCGUGGUGCACCCCAUCAAAUCCACCAAGUGGAGACGCCCCAGGGUGGCCAAGCUCAUCAGUGCCACCGUCUGGACCUUCUCCUUCUUGGUGGUGCUGCCCGUGAUCAUCUUCUCGGACGUGCAGGAGGACUUCCAGACGUGCAACAUGAACUGGCCGGAGCCAGUCAACGUCUGGUCGGCGGCGUUCAUCAUCUACACCUCGGUGCUGGGCUUCUUCGGCCCCUUGCUGGUCAUCUGCCUGUGCUACCUGCUGAUCGUGGUCAAGGUCAAGUCCUCGGGGAUCCGCGUGGGCUCCACGCGGCGCCGCCGGUCGGAGCGGAAGGUCACCAGGAUGGUGGUGAUCAUCGUGGUGGUCUUCGUGUUCUGCUGGCUGCCCUUCUACACCAUGAACAUCGUCAACCUGAUCCUCAUCCUGCCCGCCGACCCCGUCCUGGAGGGGCUCUACUUCUUCAUGGUGGUGCUGUCCUACGCCAACAGCUGCGCCAACCCCAUCCUCUACGGCUUCCUCUCCGACAACUUCAAGCAGAGCUUCCAGAAGGUUCUCUGCCUCCGCAAGGGCGAUGGGGCGGAGGAUGGAGACCCCGUGGAGCACAGGCAGGAGAACAGCAGCCGCCUGCAGGAGUCCAUGCUGACCCACAGGAACGCGGAGUUCAACGGGCACAUGCAGACCAGCAAGGUCUGAGGGCGUGGCCCGGCACUGCGGAGUCCCCUGGAGGACUUGGGGACUUCAAGGGUCACGCGAAAGGGAAACGUGGGAGCCCCAGAAGCUCCAAGAAAUGUCCACAGAGGGCUCUUCCCUGCUUUUCCCAGCUGGAGGUGCCAAGCUCUCGUGGCGUCCUGAUGGACCCGACGUCUGGGACCACUUUGGGUCCUUCGGGGAAUGGUUUCCAGGCUUUGUACCCCUCUAGUGAUGCAAGCCAACACUAAGCCAGCUCUAAUUCCCUUGUUAAGCUUGGUUUAAGGCUGCUUUGCACUGCUGGGAUCAGCUCCGAGCAGCAACCAGCUCAGCUGUUUGGAUCUUUGGGAAUUCUUCAAGGGGAUUUCUGAAAGGAAAAUGAGAUUUCUUCAGAGUUUCAUGCAAAAAAGGCACCAGCACCGCUCUGGGAAUGGGAUCUGAUGUGCUGGGUGCUGCCUUUGCUUUGUUUUCCUGUCAUUAACCCAUCCCAGGGAGCCAGAACAGCCAGGAACCCUUCACACACAGCCAGAAAGGAUUUUCUGGAGAUUAGGAAAAGGAUUUUUUCCAGAUCAGGAAAACAUUCUGGAAAGGAAUGAAUGUAGCCAUGAGACUUCCACCUUCCCACCCCACGAAAUGUGCUGUGACCCCGUUGUUGUGAUGUCAGUGCUGAUGGCCGUGGGCUCCUGGGGAGAUUUUGUGUCCAUUCCUUGGUUCUGAGUGUAAGUCUGGACUCAACACUCCAUUUCCAGAAAUUAAACCCAGCUCAGUCCCCUCUGAGUGUAAAUCUGGAUUCAAAACUGCGUUUUCAGAAAUUAAACCCAGCUCAGUCCCCUCUGAGCGUAAAUCUGGAUUCAAAACUGCGUUUUCAGAAAUUAAACCCAGCUCAAUCCCCUCCUGACUGGUGCAGUUGCCAGGGGGUGUUUGCGCCUCGAUCCUGGAGGUUUUUCCCAACCUUAAUGAUUCUGUAAUUCCAUUUAUUCUCUUGGAUGUGACACUCCCAAAGGCAGGAACUCACUGGACACACCGAGACACAAGCACAGGAUGCACAGGAGCCCGGCUGGGACCACGAGUAAUUUACUCCCAGGUUUCUCCCAGUAGCAGGCAGUGCUCACCUGCCCUACAGCACAUUCCAAAUCCCAGCACAGCCAGGUUUAACUGAUUAAUUAAUAAAAUUAACUUUUCCCGUAGCUUUGGUGUGAGCUGGGCUGUGAUUCCCUCAGUUUUCCACCUGAAAUGAUUCGUCCUGGAAGCUCCCGAGUGGGAAAUCACUGGAAAACUCAAGGUCGGGGCAGGAAAAUCUGCCUUGGAAAGAAAAAGGACUUUAAAAAAUUCAGAUUUCUGGGAAGGAGCUAAACCCUGACUUGGGCAGAGCAAAGAGCAUUUCUCCCCUCUUUCCAUGGGGUUUGAUCAAAUCCUUGGAAUUAACCAAGGGAGGUUUUAUCCGGAGGGAACAGACCCUGGAAAAGAGGUGGGUGAACCUUGGACCGAUCCCACCUCUUUUCCCGCCCCCUCGGAUCAGGAUGGGGAUCCCAAUUCCCAGAAAACAGAAAUUCCAGCCAGCCCAUCCAACAUUCCCCUUGGUAAUGCUGCAAUCCAUCAUGUUUAAGGAGCAAAUUUAGGAAAGCUCUGAAUGCCCCAUUUCCCAGGAAAAUUCCCUUUCCAACCAGCAGCUCCCUGGGGAAUUUGGUGCCAUGGGAAUGCUGCUUUGGAAGAGUUGUUUCUUUUUCCUGGCCCAAGGAAUUUUGUUCUGGGAGCAGCUCCUGCAGAUCAUCUCUCCCAGUGCCACUCAGCCUUUGCUCCACCCUGAAAAAUCUUUCCUCAGACCUGCCCUGUGCCUUAGGAAGCUCCGCUGGCUUUUCCCCGAAUCCCAAACGCCGUUCCUGGGCUUCUCCUGGCAGCUUGGCAGUGGAAUUUUGAGGAGCCAGCUGAGCUGCCAACGUCCCUGCACACAUUCCAUCAAAACAUGUCAUCCUUCCACAAAGACUGACAAAUUCCCGGGAAAAUCUGUCCUCCCAGCCAGCCCUUCCCAGGAAGCUCCAGACAGCAUCGACACUCCCCAGAUCCCUUUUUUUUCCACACGUUCCAACCCCAAUCCCUCAGCCCCAGGGAUUGAGUGACAUUUUUAAUACCUCGACAGACAAUCCUUCCAAAUUCCAGCUUAUUCAGCUUUUCCUUUGAUUCAUCCAAGGAUUCCGAAUGAUGGCUCUGCUCUGCUGGAAAAAAAAAAAACAAAAAAACAAACCCACCCACGGGAAGAUCAUGGAAAAUCUGCCUGGUGCCCAUCUGACCUUCAGGAGGUGGAAAAAUCAUUUGGAUAAAAUAAAAAUUAAAUAAAAUAAUAAAUAAAAAAUAAACUGGAA